AUGCAGCCAUCGCUCUUCGCUCGCAGCGUCCGCAACACCUUUCUCAAACGUAGGCCUGUCCUUCGCAGCGUGUCUACGACCUCCCGCCUUUCAAAGGAUCCAUGGCCGCUACCGCACACACCCGAGCACCUGGCAUCGACAGUCACACCUACAGACCUACCACCGCCUGAGCCCCUGUCGCGCUCCAACGAAAGUAUCGAGACGACGCGCGCGCGGCUGAUCUAUCAGAGCCGGAAACGCGGCACAUUGGAGAGCGACCUGUUGCUGAGCACGUUUGCGCAAGAGAAGCUUUCUGCGAUGGGUGCUUCCGAGCUGCACGAGUAUGACAAGCUUCUCGACGAGCCGGACUGGGACAUCUAUUACUGGGCAACUGGCAAACGUACUCCACCCGAGCGUUGGGCGUCCUCGUCUGUUCUCGAAAACCUCAAAGUACAUGCUCGAAACGAAGGCAAAGCCGUCAGACGUAUGCCGGACUUGCAUUGA